UGAGCAGAUCAUUUAGGUAGCGAUGUGUCUGAUAUGCAGCACGUCCCUUGCUGUCAAAUGAUACCCCAGUGACCAUUUUGCCGAUAUUAAAGGACGGCCUUUCCAUCCAAGACCAGCCUCUCUCGUGCAAGCCCUUAGUACACAAUAUUCCAAUUCGAACCCAAGUCUCAGACCCAACGUCGCUUUUAGGCGAGGGCUUCCUAAACGACACGAUGAGUGAAGCAAGAGCCACGUACGGCUAUGUUGACCCUAACUUCGUCAACCCUGGAGGAAAAUGGGACACGCCAGUCAUCAUAUACGGCUACACCCCAUCGUUUGUCCUAACAGUCCUUGCCGACAUCCUCUUCUUCCUCCUCCUCCUCGUCCACACCUGGCAGAUCAUUCGCUACCGCAGCUGGUACUUCGUCACAUUCCCAAUCGGCCUCCUAUUCGAAAUCGUCGGCUACGUAGCCCGCUCCCUCUCCGCGAAAGCGAACCCGUAUAACCUCAUCUACUUUAUUCUCAACUACUUCUUCAUCGUCACGGCCCCGGUAUUCCUCGCAGCCGGUAUCUACACGAUUCUCUCCGCACUCAUCAACCGCUUCGGGCGACAAUUCUCGCCUUUGCCGCCUAAGUUGGUUUUGUGGUUCUUCAUCACUUCAGACGCCAUCGCGACCAUCACGCAGAUCUCGGGCGCCGCUUUAAUUGGAGUCAAGCAAUCACGGCGCGAGGACCCCACGACGGCUAACAACAUUUUGCUUGGAGGACUCGCUUACCAGGUCUUCUCGAUCGGUUGCUUCGUUAUCACGACUUCAAUCUUCCUCUUCCGGGCUCGAACAGCAAUCAGGCAACAUAGGCUUACGACGUUCGUGGCUGUAUUUUCAGCGGCGACGUUGCUGAUUUAUCUGCGUACCUGCUUCCGUCUUGCCGAAACUGCGGAAGGUCUUGGGGGAUACCUUUACUCAAACGAAGUUUUCUUUGGCGUGCUCGAAUUUGCGCCUGUGGUCUUGGCGGUGAUUCUGCUUUCUAUCUGGCAUCUGGGCAGAUGCGUGACUAAGAAAGUUUCCGGCGGCGUUGGUGAUGCUGAAAAGACAACGGUUCGCAGUUGUGAGUCUAUUCAGAAAUAGGCACUUUGUAGUUUCGCUAUAGAAGUUCCCCUUCCCCCAGUGCCUGUGUAAUAAACAAGGAUACUAAUUCUUGUGCUGCUCAUCUUUCCACACCUCAAUACAAUGGAUAUCUUGCUGUACCAGUCGUCCGCGCAUCAACAGCUGCCCAUAACCUCUUCUCGAGCUCCGUGCCCUCCUCCACCACCGCCUGCCCGAAGACCCCAAACCCAGGCAUGGGCUUGGGCUUCGACUCUAGAAAUUGUUGACGAGCAUCGAUGACCCAUUCAAUGAGCCUUCGCAAGUCGUAGCUUUGACGAAGCCGUCUCUCCAUUGUUCUCCGUG